CUUUGACACACCCAACCAUGCCGUCGCACCCGCGAUAACACACUAUUAUGUCGUCCCUGUCCUCCGCCUCGUCCGUCGCCGCUUCCUCCACCCCCACCCACAUCCGCAUCUUCACCCUUAACUGCUGGGGCCUCAAGUUCCUCGCUAAACACCGCAAUGAGCGCCUCUCUGAGAUAGGGCGCCAGAUCGCUCUGAUAUCCCCACCUCCCGACAUUGUCGGCCUGCAAGAAUGCUGGACACAGCAGGACUACGAUGCUAUCCGGCACGCGACCCGCGAUAUCCUCCCCCACGGGAAGUUUUACUACGGUGGUAUGAUGGGCGCCGGGCUGGCCAUCCUCUCCCGCUUCCCUAUUGAAGACUCUAGCAUGUUCGGAUACCCUCUUAACGGCCGUCCGACGGCCUUCUUCCGCGGUGACUGGUUUGUUGGCAAGGGCGUCGCUUGCGCAACUGUCCGCUUUGGUCCCCGUCCCCGCGAUGUCGCCGCUGUCUUCUGCACCCACCUCCACGCCCCCUACGAGCGCGAACCCCACGAUAGCUACCUCUGCCACCGCACCGCUCAAGCCUGGGAAAUUGCUAAGUUGAUGCGCGCCGCCGCCGAACGAGGCCACCUCGUUGUCGCCCUGGGUGACUUCAACAUGUUACCCUCGUCGUUCGCCCACGCCCUCAUCCGCGGCCGCAGCCCUGUUCGUGACGCCUGGCAGGUUGUCUACCCUGAUUCAUCUGUCGGACCGGCUGACCACCCGGAGGAGAAGCGCCGUUGUCUCCCUGUCCCGUCCGCUGAGUUCAAUUUGCGUGUCAACGGUGCUACCUGCGACGGCAAGUACAAUACGUGGCGCUGGUCGGAGGCAGACCGGAAACGUCUCGCCCGCGAAGACAUCGCGGUGAAUCCGGAGGCAGCAGACCCGCGUGGCAAGCGUCUGGAUUAUAUUUUUGUCGGUGAUGGGGGCUCCGCGCUGGGGGAUGAUGCGGACACCCCGCGGUGGAGCGUUGAGUCAGUGCAUCUAGGCAUGACACAGCGGCAUCCGACGCUGCGGUGUUCGCUGAGCGACCACUUCUCCGUCGAGGCUGUGAUAACGCGUACGCCGACGAAGGCCGUUGAGGAGUUGAUGAAGGAUGCCCAGCGGCGUGGCAUGCAGACUCUCGGCGUGGAAACCUACGAUCGCAUCCUCGAGAUGAUCGCCACGUAUGUCGCCCGCGAAAGGACGCAGCGGCGCUGGCGUCUUGCUCACUUCGUGGUGUCGGUGCUGGUGUCUAUUGGAUGCUUUGUCGGAGUAUGGUGGACGGGGGAUCACCUCGCGUAUGUGGCGUUCAUCUUGGUCCUGGUCAGCACAUUGAGUUUCGGUGCGGGAAUCCUGGACGGCUUGAUCGGGGGGUUGUUCGUGUCGAGUGAGUUGAGGGCGUUGAAGGAGUUUGAGUGGGAGGUGAGGAACGCGCGAGCGUUGGCUGUUACUGCUGGGGUGGGAGAGGGGGAGUAGUAGCAUUAGUAGUAGUAGUAGUCCUCAUUAUCCUGCCCUAGCUUGCCUAUCUAAUUGGCCGCAAUGCAGGGUUGAGCGGAGCUGCGCUCCGCUCCGUGAAGUCCGCGGCCUGCGUGGGGGGGUGGCCGCCUCAGCGGUGGCCGAGGAAUACAAACUUAUUAAACAAAGGAAACAGUAGUAUAGUGGUCCUCAUUAUCCUGUCCUAGCUUGCCUAACUAAUUGGCCGCCAUGCAGGGUUGGGAGGAGCACAGCUCCGCUCGGAGAAACCCGCGGCCCGCGCGGGGGAGUGGCCGCUGCAGCGGCGGCCGAGGAAUACAAGCACGUCAAAAAGAUUAAUAUUAUUAUUAUUAUUAUUCAUUCAUACUCGCAUC